UCUGGCUGAGCUCUCGUUGCUGGCCCCCACAGCUCCUGUGCCGCUGUGUGAGGGCACGGGGACAGUGGCACAGGGCAGAGGAGUCAGAGCAGUCUCUGCUGGGCUGCUCUCCAUGUAGCCCAGUGCACGAUGCCUUCCCAGUCCGACUCCCUCGGCUUCCGCUGCGGCUUCCGCUGCAGCGUGGCCGGGCUGAGCCUCCUGCUGCAGGCUCUGCUCCUCAUCCGCUCUUUCUUUGGCUUCCCAGAUGUCAGUGACAACUACUCCUCUUCCGUUUCCAGGGUCUCAUUCACAUCCUCACCCGUUUCCAGGGCCUCACUCACAUCCUCACCCGUCUCCUACCCAGCAUUUCAAGAUGUCAACCACAUGGUGAUUUUUGGAUUUGGCUUCUUCCUGAUGGUUCUGAGAAGAUAUGGCUUUAGCAGCACUGGGUUCAACUUCUUGCUCGUUGUUCUUGGUGUGCAGUUCUCUGUGCUGGCAGAAGAUUUGUUCGUUUUCCUUACGGGAAAGCAAAGUCAAGUUGGUUUGGAAAGUCUAGCAAAGGCUCUUGUGAGCAUGACUGCUGUGGUCAUCUCCACUGGAGCUAUCCUGGGCAAGGCCAAUCCUGUGCAGUUAAUUGUGAUGACCCUGGUGGAAUUAAUCUUCUUCUACGUGAGCAGAUGGAUCAACAGGAAGUUCCUGGAGGUCCCAGAGCACCUCUCUGCCAUGCACGUGUUCCUCUUUGGAGCCUACUUCGGUCUGGCACUCGCCUCCCGCUUCCCCGAGGCUCCCCCAGGGCUGGACAAGAACAGGAGCACCCCAAAGUCCGAGCUGUUCUCAGUGCUGGGCACUGUGUUUGUCUGGGUGUUCUGGCCAAGCUUCAAUUCCAUCCUGGCUGGGUCCGAGAAAAUGAAAACAGUGCUCAGCACUUACUUGGCCCUGGCAGUGAGUGCUGUGGCUGCCUUCAUGUUGUCUGCUCUGACCUCCAAGGAUGGCAAAUUCAGAAUGGCUGACAUCCGCAGCGCCGUCCUGGCUGGAGGGGUCACCGUCAGUUACACAGCAGAGCUCAUAAAGCACCCUUGGAUUGCCAUGAUUCUGGGGCUGCUGGGCAGUGUCAUCGCCAUCCUGGGAUCUCACUGUGUGCAGAGGUGCUUUAAUCCUGCCUUGAAGCUGCAGGAUACUUCUGGAGUUCAUUUCACUUUUGGUUUGCCUGCUGUGCUGGGAGCUGUGGCUGCUGUUGUUCUCAAAGUUGUAGCAAGGGGGACUGAGACACAAUGGAAUGAAUUAUCCAGACUGGGUUAUGAUGCCUUUGUUAAUAUUGGUGCCUUCUGCCAGACCAUCAGCACUGCCUUGGUCACAGGUUUGGUUACAGGUUUGAUCUUAAACAUCAAACUGCUGAAAGCUGUGCACGUCUCCAAGUACUUUGAUGACCAGUCUUACUGGGAGUUUCCCCACUUGUCUGUUGGAUUUUGAGUGGAGGAUCCCAGCUGACAGACAGGACCAAGAUAAGAUUUUCCUCUUUAUCACCAGAAAAACUGAACAGCUAUGAUGGAUUCAGAGAGCACUGAAAUACCAAUUCUCAGGCCCACAGAAGCCACCCCAAUGCACACUCAAAAACUAAACUGUUCCAGUUAUUCUUGAGAGAUACAGAGUGUGAAUUCACAGAUGCAAACUUCAGGUGCCUGCAGCUUUUCUGCUUUGUUGGCCUUACCUUAAAUAGUUUUUUGAAGAUAUGUACAAAAAAGUUGUCUGCAUUCAUGGCUUAUCACUCCAAAUGCUUGGAAACAUUAAACUAUUUUUAGCUCUUGAGUUUACAAGGCAAAAUGAUAAUCUGGAAGUGUCAUUUCUCAAGGAGCACUUCUUAUCUAGGAAAUCACUCCAGUUUUUAAGCUGAACUGAUUCUGCUGAAGGCCUUGACAAGCCAGGGUUGGAUGAGUGAGCUGGAGCAGAGCCAGAACUCUGCAUCCUGCCUGACUGAACUCCUGGAAAGAUCUGGAUGUUGGGAGGUUCUGAUGGCCAAAGUUGAGGUGUGGGUGGUGUUCCUGAUGCCCCUGGGGUUUGCUGCCAAGUGUAAAACACAGACAGAGCCCAGGGCAGUGCCUGGGGGACAGCACAGGGAUGGCCUCAGUGCUGUGCCCCCAUUCUGGGAUGCAGGACUUUGGGCACACAGCAUUCUCUGCCACUGAGCCCUGGCUUCCAGUGGUCCUCAGUGUUUGUUUCUUCCAGAAACAGUUGACAUAGAAAACCUCCCAGCAGUGCUUACCUAAUAAAGAGAGAACUGAACCGUGGCUGUUUCCCUUCCUUCAGCACCCUGGGAGCAGUGAGAGAGGGAGCUCGUGACAGGCUGAGCCUUUGAUGAGGCUCCCUGGCCUGAUGCACUCCCUGAUGGAUCAGCAGAUCCCUGCAGCUCCCCAGGAAUGCAGCCUUGCACAGGAAGGGCCAGUUUUCCUUGUUCCCAAAGAGCCAGCAGGAGUGCAGCAGCUGCCCAAACCUUCUGCACACAACUGUGAGUUGUUCCUUCCCAGACACUUCCCUCUUUAUCACCAGAGGAUAAAGGAAAUAUUCAGGGAUGGGGGGAAAAGAAAAAUCCCAAACCACCACAGUUCUGAAUGACACAAGAGAAGGCACACAGCAGCAAGUUUUGAAAUUGAAGAAAUGGUUAUAUUGCCCAGAUAUAGGAAACAUUUAAUAAAUAUCUGUUAAAAGGUUGUUUAAAUGCAUUUUUAAUAAGUCUUGGAGUGUAAAUAACAUCAUAGAAAGAGCUGGUUAAAUACAUCCAUAUUCCACUCUCCUUUUGUUUGUAACAAACAUCAUUUUAGAAAAGUGACUCCACUGUUGUUUGUAGCAAUUUUACAUUUCUCAAAAACACCACAACACUGAAGUGGACGUACAAGAGUAAAAAAAAUAACCAGAAUAGAGCUGGAUUUAGUGCUUUCAGCUUUCCUUGAUUCCUCUUCAGACACGAUGGAAGGUUUACAAAACGUUUUACAAAACUUGAGGGGUGCAGUUGAAGGCCAGGGCACUCCAGGGGGGUUCACUGCCACAGAUCCUCUGUGCGACCAAACUUGAACACCAGGCCCC